AUGGGGUUUGGAUACUGGUGGGGACUUGGAACAGCUGUGGAGCCUCUCCAGGGACUGGAAAAAAAGGUCCCCGUGGAUGGGAUUUACUCCUCGGCGGGAGGAGAUGGGCAGGACGUGACCAAUGACACCAGCUGGGCAGAGGAAAGCAACUCCAAGCUGUCCUCCCGUGUGGUGACAGCAGCCUUACUCCUCCUCCUCAUCCUCUCCACGCUCCUGGGGAACACCCUGGUGUGUGUGGCCGUGGCCAAGUUCAGGCACCUGCGCUCCAAGGUCACCAACUCCUUCGUCGUCUCCCUGGCGGUGUCCGACCUGCUCGUGGCCGUGCUGGUGAUGCCCUGGAGGGCUGCCACCGACCUGCUGGGCUCCUGGCCCUUCGGGGGGGCUUUCUGUGAUGUGUGGGUGGCCUUUGACAUCAUGUGCUCCACGGCCUCCAUCCUCAACCUGUGCAUCAUCAGCCUGGAGCGCUACUGGGCCGUCUGCAGCCCCUUCCGCUACGAGAGGAGGAUGACGCGGCGCGUGGCCUUCGUCAUGAUCGGGGGGGCCUGGCUGCUGUCCCUCCUCAUCUCCUUCGUCCCUGUGCAGCUCCAGUGGCACAAGGACCGUGGGAUGUUAAAGCAGCCAGGUUUUAAUGCCUCUGGGGAGGAGGAGAGCUGUGCUCCCAGGCUCAGCAGGCCCUACGCCAUCUCCUCGUCCCUCAUCAGCUUCUACAUCCCCGUUGCCAUCAUGCUGGUGACCUACACCCGCAUCUUCCGCGUCGCCCGGCGCCAGAUCCGCAGGAUCUCCUCCCUGGAGAGGGCCCUGGGACACGCCCAGAGCUGCCCCAGCCCUCGGGAAGCCUCCCCGAAGAGCUCCUUCAAGAAGGAGACCAAGGUCCUCAAGACCCUCUCCGUCAUCAUGGGCGUCUUUGUCUGCUGCUGGCUGCCCUUCUUCGUGCUCAACUGCGUGGUGCCCUUCUGCGAGCCCGGCCUCCACGAGCCAGGAGAGCUUCCCUGCGUCGGCCAGAGCGUCUUCAACACCUUUGUCUGGUUUGGGUGGGCCAACUCUUCCCUCAACCCCGUCAUCUACGCCUUCAACGCGGAAUUCCGGAGGGCUUUCGCCGCCCUCCUGGGCUGCGGCAGCGCCGUGGAGACGCUGACCCUCAGCAACGAGCUGGUGUCCUACCACCACGACACCGCCUUCCAGGGGGAGCUGGUGACCCUCAGCUACCCCCAGCUUCUCCCCCACGCCGUUCUGGGGGUGGAAGACACCGAGGGCUCCUCGGAGAAGGUUUCCCAGGUCUCCUCACCCUCGCUGGGGAAGGUCCCACCUCCCGCCAGCGAUGCCUUCCACUGA